CAGGCACGAUGAGGACUAUAGUAAAGUCUGGGGCAUCAAGAACAUCAUCCGCAGCGAGUGCAAAGCUGUGGAGAGCUCAGGAUCUGUUGUGCUGGUAUGAAGCCCGAAAGCGGUAAGCGUGGUGGUCCGCGCGCCGCCUCCGGGCAGAGCUUCAAGUUCUUCUCCCUCCUCUCAAGAAGACACCCGUCUCCUCCACCCACCACAACCGUCUCAUACAUCUCACACAAUGUUGAGGAGCCAGUUCCAGCGGUCCUUCCGCUCCCUCAAGCCUUCCCAGGCUGCGCGCGCCUUCGCUCCCAUCUCCAAGCACGCGGUCCGCUUCGCUUCUACCGACGCCGCCCGUGAUGGAAAGAUCCACCAGGUUAUCGGAUCCGUAGUUGACGUCAAGUUCGACACCGAGCAGCUGCCUUCCAUUCUCAACGCCUUGACAACCGACAAUGGCGGCAACAAGCUCGUCCUCGAGGUUGCGCAACAUUUGGGUGAGAACAUCGUCCGUUGCAUUGCCAUGGACGGUACCGAGGGUCUCGUCCGUGGUGCGAAGGCCACCGACACUGGUGCUCCCAUCAAGAUCCCCGUCGGUCACGGCACUCUUGGUCGCAUCAUGAACGUCACUGGUGACCCCAUUGACGAGCGUGGUCCCAUCAAGGCCACCAAGUACGCUCCCAUCCACGCCGACCCCCCGGAGUUCACCGAGCAGUCCACCUCCGCUGAGGUUCUGAUUACCGGUAUCAAGGUCGUCGACCUCCUCGCCCCCUACGCUCGUGGUGGUAAGAUCGGUCUCUUCGGAGGUGCUGGUGUCGGAAAGACUGUGUUCAUUCAGGAACUGAUUAACAACAUCGCCAAGGCCCACGGUGGUUUCUCCGUCUUCACCGGUGUCGGUGAGCGUACCCGUGAGGGUAACGAUCUGUACCACGAAAUGCAGGAGACUUCCGUCAUUCAGCUCGAGGGCGAGUCCAAGGUCGCUCUUGUCUUCGGUCAGAUGAACGAGCCCCCGGGUGCCCGUGCCCGUGUCGCCCUUACUGGUCUGACCGUCGCUGAGUACUUCCGUGACGAGGAGGGUCAGGAUGUGUUGCUCUUCAUUGACAACAUCUUCCGUUUCACCCAGGCCGGUUCUGAGGUGUCUGCUCUUCUCGGUCGUAUUCCCUCUGCCGUCGGUUACCAGCCCACCCUCGCCGUUGACAUGGGUGUCAUGCAGGAGCGUAUUACCACCACCUCCAAGGGUUCCAUUACCUCCGUCCAGGCCGUCUACGUCCCUGCUGACGAUCUGACUGACCCUGCCCCUGCCACCACCUUCGCCCAUUUGGACGCCACCACUGUCUUGUCCCGUGGUAUCUCUGAGUUGGGUAUCUACCCCGCUGUCGAUCCUCUCGACUCCAAGUCCCGUAUUCUUGACCCCCGUAUCAUCGGUGACGAGCACUACGACACCGCUACCAAGGUCCAGCAGAUCCUCCAGGAGUACAAGUCGCUCCAGGAUAUUAUUGCCAUUCUUGGUAUGGACGAGUUGUCGGAAGCUGACAAGCUUACCGUCGAGCGUGCCCGUAAGAUCCAGCGUUUCCUGUCGCAGCCCUUCGCUGUCGCUCAGGUCUUCACUGGUAUCGAGGGUGCUCUUGUCGACCUUAAGGACACCAUCCGCUCGUUCAAGGGCAUCUUGAACGGUGAGGGUGAUGACCUCCCCGAGGGUGCCUUCUACAUGGUUGGUAACCUCGAGGCUGCGCGUGCCAAGGGUGAGAAGAUUCUUGCUGAGCUCGAGAAGUCAUAAGCGAGCGGUGUGGUGGGCGAGACAUGAGAGUCGGCCACUGUGUCGAGGGCAGUCGCUGGUAGUCUCACUUGUACAAAACAUAUACCUCCAAAUGUGGGAUUAUGAGCGGGUGCUUGGAGCAUCGUGGCUUCUGUAAUCUAUCUUGCAUGCAAAGAAACCAUUUCCUAGUUCUUCAAAAGUGUUCCAUCCCGCUUUGUGAUCUUGUGUUUCCUAAUAUGUUCGUCAUCAAAAGCAUGAUUGAUGUCCUCACUACAUUAGACGAUUGCCUGAAAUUUUGCGAAGACAUCCAGA